AUGUGCUGCAAAUUUGAUAAAACUGGCAAUACAUUGGUAACAGGAUCUAUUAACACUAUACGUGUAUGGAAUGUAGAAACGGGCCAUGCUACAUGCCGUAUUUCUGUAAGUAGACGCGGAAAGGAAACCAUUGUGUGGUGCCUUGCAGUACUGUCAGACAAUAUGGUGGUAUCGGGAGAUAGUCAUGGCAGGCUGACAUUUUGGGAUAGUUCAGUUGGUGACCAGAUUGAAUCUUACACAACCCACAAAUCUGACAUAUUGUCAAUAGUUGUAUCUGAGGAUGAGAACAGUUUGUACUGUAGUGGGGUGGAUCCAGUUAUAAUGAAUUUUAAAAAAGUAAGCAAUGGAUGUGGUAAAAUAUCUGGUGCUCAGUGGGUGAAGAAUGUACAGAGAAAUAUUCAUGAACAUGAUGUCAGAGUUUUAAUUUUAAAUGGUGAGAAUUUGGUAUCAGUUGGAGCUGAUGGCUACCUUACCUUAUCUAAAUAUCCACCAAAGUGGGUCAUGAGAAUACCUCCAAUGAUACCUGGAAUCAGAUCAUCUGUAUGUGCACAAAAAAAGCUUCUGUUAUUAAGGUAUUCAACACAUUUAGAGAUUUGGAAACUAGGGACAUAUGAAGUUAAUGAAAGUGGUAAUGUAAUCAUAAGCAAUGUUAGCAUGGAAAAAAAUUUUGGGGAUGAAGCAGAUAACCCCCACCUUGAACCAGAUACAGCUAUAGCUGAUUAUAAAAAAGUGAAUAUGGACUCCACAGAUCAUUUACAGCAACUUAAAGUACUAGAGAAACCAGUGCUGUUUGUUACAGUAAUACCAAAGAAGAAUAAACAAAUUCUCUGUUGUGAAUUAUCACCAAAUGGACAGUUUAUUGUGUAUUCUACUGACAGUUAUAUAAGAAUGCUUAAAUUAGAUACAGAGGAUGAGAGUAAUAUAUCAUUGACAAAGGUAUUGAUCAGUGGGCUUUCUUCCAUAUGCGACCGUAUUGCAUUUAGUGAGGACUCCCAAACAAUGCUGGUACAUUCUUGUGGAGAAAUAAGAGUACUACAUGUUGAUUCAGAAGCUGGUGCAACCAUUGUACAAACAAUAUCAACUGAAAAAUAUUUGAAGAGUAAAACUGCAUUACAUUUUCAUCUUUCAAAGAAAACAUCUUCCAACAUGACUUAUUUAGCUGUUGCUGACACUGAAGGUGGAAUUGUGGUUUGGACACAAAGUAACAAGAAAUUUGAACAUCAUGUCACAUUGCCCAAGUAUCGAUGCGUUCCUUCUGCAUUAUCUAUUAAUAGUAAAAAUCAAUGCUUGAUUGUUGCUUAUGUUGAUCAAAAGUUGGUUGAGUAUGAUUUGUUGAACAAAAAGUUCACUAAUUGGCCGGGUGGAACGUUGCCACCGCAAUGGCUUUCGCGUCAGAAUGCAGUGGCCUCCAUCAAUGUGCACAGUAAAAGAGAUGCACUCGUGUUUGAGGACAUUACAUCAUUGUUUGUCAUCGAUAAAAGUUUGCAGACUAUUUACCAUGAACCGAAAGCGAAGAAGUCUAAUAGUAACAGUCUUGACGUAUAUUUUAAAAUCAUACCUUUUAAGUAUUUAGCUGGUUUUCAUUGGAUGGGGGACGACGAAGCGGUUAUUCUGGAAAUUCUACCAGAGAAUAUCGUGUCUCAAUUGCCACCAGCUUUAGCCAGCAAAAGACAUAACAUGGGA